AUGUACAGUGGCACUCCCUUCGGACUUUCCAUUCUGUUUAACCUCGUGGCCGUUGCCGUGUUCGGGCACAUUCUGAGGUCACUAUGGACGUACUGGAGGCGGCCCUACUCAUCUGUUCUUGCGCGUGUCCGAGGACCCCCGACGAAACAUUGGUUCUUCGGUUUCCUCACGCCUUCCGAGGCCAAGUCCUUGAGCAUGUCGCCGAAGAUGCUGCAACUCUGUGACGACUUCGACGAUAUAUGGUAUGCCACCUUCACAAAUCGACGUCCGACGCUAGACCCAGAAGCUAUUAGCUAUGUACUGAAUGAUAGCCAGACGUAUGUGCGGACUAAAGCGCAGACAAAUGUCACCCGACUGAUAUUUGGCGAUGGCCUCGCAACCGUCGAUGGCGAGCAGCACCGGAUGCAGAGAAAGGUCAUCGGGCCCGCUUUCACGGCUAGGGCAGUCGAGGGAAUGGCCCCCGUCUUCUACGAAAAGGCGCAAGCUUUGGCUGAUGGUUGGGCACAUAAGCUGCGCAAUAUAGCUGGCCAGGAGACAAGAAGCAUGGAGAUCAAUGCCUACCAGGAAUUUGAGGCCUUGUCUUUGGAUAUCAUCGGCACCGCGGGCUUCCAAUAUGACUUUCACUCGUUGAGCGGGCAUCGGAGUGAGUUGGAGGAUGCUUUUGUCAAUGUCACAAAGAGCGCGGCGACGGGAUCUUCAUACUCGACUCUGCGAUCUCACUUCCCUUGGGUCGGCAUGCUGGGAAGCUUCUUGAGCCAGGAACAGAAGACUCUGGACAAACAUAAACGGCAAAUCUGGCGAGUUAGCAAGGACCUUUUCGAGAACGCUAAGAGAGAAAUGCAAAUACAAGGCAGCCAGCGGACAACCGAAUCAGGUUGUAGAGAUAUCCUCAGCCUCCUCGUUGAGUCGAACACCAGGGCCACAGCAAAGGACCGUCUGGGUGACAAGGAGAUUAUCUCCAUGGUCCCGACAUUGCUCUCAGGAGGGUACGAUAACAAUGCGUCAGAGAUGUCGUAUGCCCUCUUCGCGCUUACAAACUUCCCUGAGACGCAACGCCGUCUCCGACAAGAACUGCUCAGCCCGCCCCCGAACGGCCGGGACUGGCACAAGGACCUCAGAUCCCUCGAGCGUCUUCCCUAUUUAGACGCCGUCGCCAAAGAAACCUUUCGGUUGUACAGUUCCGCGCACUCGAUCCCCCGAACCGCCGCAAGAGACGAUUGUAUUCCUGUAAGUAAAAAUAUACAGCUCCGCGAUGGAAGCUGGGUGAACAAGAUCCGCAUCGGCCGCGACGACGACGUGGUCAUCGCACAGAAGUGGGUGAACGUGGCAUCGCGGUUCUGGGGACCCACCGCCCAUGUCUUCAGGCCGGAGCGGUGGAUUGAGGAUACCAAGCAUGAGCAUUACGAAGAGUUGCCCGGAUGGAGUCAUUUAAUGACUUUCUCGAUUGGGCCGCGGAAUUGUCCUGGCUACAGAAUGGCAGUUGCGGAGUUCAAGGUCGGUUUGGCGGUCCUAGUCUCAAGGUUUGAUUUCGUAAGGCACGAAGCUAUGGAUGAGGUGUAUGGAGAGGUGCAGAUUGUAGAUCGACCACGGGUAAAGGGGAGAGAAGGGUAUUAUAUGCCGUGCUGGGUUAAAUCUUUAGAGUAA